AUGGUGCAGCUGGACAGGUUCUCAUUUCGAACCGGUAGCCGUCUUCUAUUUGAUAGCGAUGGCAGCCCAUCUCAUAUCGGGCUUAUGCGACAAGUUGAUUACAAAGCUAUGUUAAACCGAUGGUUCGUCCAUAACGACCCAGACGAUGACCCCAUAUCCAUCGAGUGUGCGCCAUCCAGCGACCCCAAAGCAUACUACACUCUCAUGCCCGACAAACACUUCGAACAGAACCAGAUCUCCAAGGAUCUCGAGAUGCUCUUGCGCCAGCUGACUAGCUGGAUCCCUGAGCCUGAGCCCGAGGGCGAGUUCCGAGGCGUCAUCGAUUGGGAAUGGGUUUCUGCUGCGCCUCGCUCUCUUGGUAAUGAGAGUCAUCCCGGGUGUGUGUGGGAAAACUUGCUCGAAUCCCUCGCCUACUACCGUGGCAUCUAUGAUGGCGUAAUGGCGAAGCAUCGUAUGGAGAGGAGAGGAGGGUCUGAAGAAAACUUCUGUCGAAUGUCCCUUAUAACGGAAAGCCUAGCUAUCGCGACGGAUGCCCCUCAGUGCCGAAAUCGGAUUAUGCACAAUAAGGUGCACGAAAAUGGGCUCUUGGAUGAUAUGGUGAUGGAUACGCUCCAUAGGGGCUUUAACAUCCUUUUGUCGAAUGAAGGGUUAUAG